UUUUUAAACACCUACAUAACUUUCAGACUAAAAAUGAUGUAGUUGGAAUCUACGCUUUAGAAAGAGAACAGAAUGAGCGGCACAGUAAUACCACAAAUGACUACGAACUCGACAGUGCCAAUAAAAUGUACAUACAACAGGACCUUGGCAUAAGAGAUUGCGUAAAACAUAUGUUUUCAACUGAAUACUCUGCGGCAGACUUUAAAAAUGAGUUGGAGAAUACGCGUAAAAAUAUAAAUAAAUGGAUAGAAAUGCAAACAAGAAACAUGAUUGUGGAUUGUAUACCAGAGGGAUUUCUAGAUAAGUCCACAUCACUACUAUUGGUGAACGCCGUUUACUUCAAAGGAUUAUGGAAGUCAACAUUCUAUAAAGAUCAUACUUACCGUGACAAUUUUCACAUGGCUGAUGGAUCUAUAAGACAAGCUCAAAUGAUGAAUAAAAGGAGUAGUUUCAGAGCCGUAUUUUCUAGCAGUUAUGGGAUACAUGGCUUGGAGCUUCCGUAUAAGGGGGAUGCUUACAGCAUGUUCAUAAUUUUGCCUGAACAAUCCCAUGCAACAGCAGUACAAGAUUUACUGAGAUCAUUAACUUAUGAACGUCAAGAGAAGAUUCUAAGUGAGAUCUUAGACAGUCCUAUGAAAAAAAUGGAUGUUAUUAUUCCUAAGUUUAAAACUGAGAAUAAGUAUGAUCUCGUACCGGUAUUAAAGGAUUUUGGGGCAGAUGAGUUACUUGAGUUUGCCGAUCUCAGUGACCUUGUUGAAACGUUUAAUGAGUUUAAAUUGGAUAAGGCCAUCCACACCGCCAAAAUUGUUGUAGAUGAGCAAGGCACUGAGGCGGUGGCCGUUACAAAGCUCAUGUUAGUCCAAUUGGUCAAGAGUUCGCAAAAAUAUCCAGUAUUUCGAGCAAAUAGACCCUUUUUGUAUUUUAUUUCUAAUGUUUAUACAAAAACGAUCUUAUUUUCUGGUGUGUUUAACUCUCCAUGAAUACGCAUGGGCCUAACACAUUUUCAUAUUAAUGUUAUUAAUAGUGAAUGUUGUAAAAGUGUACAUGCUAUAUGUAUAUUCAUGAAAAUAUUAUUGUAAAUAUCUUUGUUUCACUCAUCUUUUCAAUAAAACUAGAGAAGACUUAAA